AUGAAUAAUCAGGCUCAGUCGAGGCGCAACGAGCACCUCACAUGGGUAUAUGACCAGCUCCAGGGGUGUGGGGAAAUCUAUCUGGAGCCGGCUCAUCUCCGGACGCUGCAAAUUCUGGCGCUCCCCACCCAUGUGUCUGACAAUGGGGAGGUGCUAUUCCACCCCAGGUUCUUCAAGGCGCAUCCGGCUCGAGUCCUCGGGGAAUACCCAGUCAACCAGAGCGUGAUGGGUCCGGCCAACCCACCUCGAGGAGUCCCACCCUUGUGUGACCCACCAAGCCUUGAAAAAGAGCUCUGGAACCAUGUGCAUAUCGCAGAUGAUGGAGAUCGUAUCCAAGCGGCACGGGACAGCCUAGCGGAUCGCUUGAGCCAGUACUGGCACGAAUGGACGUGCGUGCAGCGGGUCCAUGGCCACAUCCAGAGCCAUAUUCUGGCUCCCCGAUUUGGACGACCAGAGGGGUCUACCUUGUGUGAGCUGGGCGCUCUCCAGCCUUCUUUAUUGCAGGAGGUUGCGUCGAGCAAUGACCCUCCCACAGCUUCGACAUGCGCCAACAACAUGAAUUGGCAGAUCGAGGAUCUUCUGGAGGACUCGUCUCGGAAUACAAACCCCCACACAAUCAUGAGUGUCCUGACCGAGGUCGACGCGGGGGCCGAGCCCGCAAGUCUCACUCUGCACGAGGUGCUGGCAGCCGUCACCAUGAUGAGGAUCAGAACCUCUCAUGGACCAUGGACCAGCAAUGCCAUCCAUCCGCUUCUCAUGAUCUCCUACACGGGCGAUGGAUGCGGGAGAAUCACCCAGGUGUCUCUGCACGGCGAGACCUUGAUCCUGCAAUAUUCGCCGCUGUGGGAUUUCCAGCAUAGCGACUCAGCGCCAGUAGAGCUUUUUGUGCGCUAUUACCUGAGCGGUCUGGGGUCAGUAUCGCUGAUGGAUUACGCGAAUCCAGAUGCCGAUGCUCUGACGGGACUCGUGUCGAGCCUGACUUUGGAUACCACUGCAGGGGGCUCUAGUGAAAAGAUGGAUGUGUCCUGA